AUGAAUAAGUGCACAGUUGCCUACGGGCUUAUACCACCCCAGAGUGGCAACGCGCAUGAAGCUCACAUCCUUCCAAUUACCAAGAUAGUUAAGCCGAAGAAGUUCACAGAUUAUUUUCUUACAUGCGGCCGAGACGGGGCAGUCAUAAAGCAUACUACUAAGGAUGGUACCUGCCAGCGCCUGAGGAUGCAAGUCAAUAGCGAUUGGGUGAGCGAUAUUGCUGAAAUAGGCGACGGUAGGUUCAUUGUGGUAAGCCAUGACUUUUUUGUAUGCUUACUGACUUUAGGGGCCGAUGAAGAUACUUGGAGCACCAAGAUUAUCGGAUACCACGACGACUACGCGAAGUGCGUGGCAGUCCUGGGAGCUACGGCAGACGGUGGAAUAAAGUUUGCGACUUGUGGCCUCGAUAUGAAACUUAAAGUCUGGUUACUUAAAGACAACGGAACUUCAAAUCUUCUCCAUUCAUUCGAUAACGCACAACCUUUGGACAGUGGGUCACUUUACGCAUUAGUUUCCGCAGAUUUCGAGGGAAUUCCAUUUGACUUGAUAGCUGGCGACAAUAACGGUAACUUCAUUUUGAUGUCCAGCGAUACGGGUGAACUUGUAGCAUUUGUUCAGGCCGCUCACGAUACUAACAUAAAGCUACUUCAUUUAAUGGACGAAGGUCGCAAAAUGCUCAGCACAAGCUCUGAUGGUAUACUGAAGCUAUGGGAUGUUCAAAGGCUCGCUACGAACAAUGUUGAAAGUGCUCUAAUACACACUUGGAAGUGGGCAUCACCUGUCUGGUGUGUCGAAGGCGCAAGUUUAGGCAAUUUCUUUGUGGGUGACUCCAGGGGAGCGAUAACUCACGUUAGCAUUAAAGACAACUCAUGGGAUAAUCCAAGUUUAGAGUCUGUUGUUUUACCACCAGAAGUAAGUUGCGGUGGUAUCUUAGCAAUGCAACUGGUUGACGGCGGAAAGCUAUGGUAUUCACAUUCCGGUGACUCAAACUUGAGCUCCGUUAGCCUAGACACUAGAGAGACUGAAACGAUGGAGGGAGGCUUUGCUCUCCUAAGAUGCUCGCUACUUACAAACAGGCGCCAUGUUAUAACCCAGAAUACUAACGACGUGGUUCAACGGUGGGAUAUUUUAUCAUGCAAGCUGCUUAACACUUUCGAUGCUUCUGAGGGUUCCUUUGAUGAAAUUGUGGUCAAAUCGAAUCCUAAGGAGGUCCUACCGCACUGGUGUUCGGUAUCUAUAAAGACAGGGAAGCUAUUUGUGACUCUAUCACCCAAAUUUCUCGAUACAGAGAUUUACGGAAGUGCUUUAGAACAAUACAAGAUCGUCAAUAACAUUGAACUUGAGGCUGAAAACCGAUACAACCUAGGCCGUAUUGCAGUGAAUUCACUCCUAAAUGAUUUUAUCACUUAUGUCAUAGCAAAGGACAAGGCUUUCAGAAAAGACUUGGUGUCGAAGAAGAGUUCAAAUGCGGGGUCGCCCGCAUUGCGUCCAACUGAUACCACGCAAGCGGAAUCUACAAAACACUCAAUCAAGGAAAAAAGGAGGCUAUCUCUGUUCACAAAGUUUGGAUCCAGUGAAAAGCAGUUCGGAACCCCGAAUUCAAUCCCAGGAACCCCUGUGCUAGCGGAAGAAGACGUAUUAUCAAGCGAGGACCAAUUCAUCUUACCUCCGCCAGCGACUGCACCACUGGAAGGGGAUGCUUCCAAAUUUGCCAAAGUUGAUGCGUCACGAACGGGACUGCUCAGUAAGAGGUCUGUCAGCUCUGGCUCACUGCUUACACAGAAGCUCAAAAUGUUUUCUUAUAAUAACAAUACUCAGGGAUCUAGUAAUAGUGAUGCAGAGGAGCCUGAUCCCAAGCCUAAGCCGCUGAGAACUGCCAGCUUGCCUCACACUCCUGUAGAAGAAUCCGAAGGGAUGAAAUGGAGUCUUGUUAGCAACCACCAAGCAGAAAGCCAGCCAAUCCUUGAUAGCGAAAAAGCUGUCGAUGAUAAUACCAUGCCCGAAACUCCGGAGAAAAAGCCUGAACAUUUAUCGGACUUUUUAGCUGAACUGCGAAAGGAAUACGUUAAGGACUAUGAGCUAAAUGCGUCCAGUUUCAAGCUACUAGGAAGAAAGACACCUGUUUCUAAAAUCAUAAGAGACAACAAUUCACCUGUCAUUGAAAUCGCGACAGGCGUUCUUCUUCUAGUGAACUGCUGGAAGGAGGGAUCUUGCGGGGAUACUGUGAGCUUUUCUACUUACCUCCCAGCGCCGCAGCACACCCCAGAAGCUGAUAUGGAGAAUGAAGAUAGAAUACAAAUAUUUCAAGGUUUGGAGCGCAACCUCCCCUACUGGAUGGCCAAGGCUCUGUUCAAAGACGAAAAAACCAAUCGAGACUAUCCUAAACUUACAUUCAUUCUCAGGCCGUGGCAGGAUCCAGAUUCGCUAGCACAUCCUGAUGGUGUUUCAACGGCAGCAGAUCAAGGCCAGCAAUCGCAUCAUCAUCACUUGUCGUUCCACCGAAAUAAACACAAUGAACACGGGUCCAGACAACUGCCAUCUGUACCCGAAGCGUACACCAAGUUGCACGCCCCUAGUAUGAUAAAGGUUAAGAAGGUGCUUCUGUACAUUGUUGACCGUUUUGAAACCAAAACUCCCGAGAUGAAGGCCAAAACCCCAGUACAAGACUGGUUGGAGAUAAUCUGUAAAGGUCAAGUACUGGACAAUGAGCUCGCGCUGAGUAGCGUCAAAACAUUGUAUUGGAAGUCUCAGGGGGAUAUCGUUUUAGAGUACCGCAGAAAAGCGAUACCUACCAAAGAGACUAAAUAA